UUUUUGUGUCCCAUUCGGUGACAGCUGGAAUUAUGGAAUUACCAAAUGCAAGGAGAAAAGAUGGUAGGCCCUGUACGCACGAACUGGGCGACUUGAAGCGACGGUUGCGAUCACAAACAUAUCACAAUAAUCCAGUUUCAAGGGAGAAAGCGCCGCACCACAUCAGACCAUGUGGAAGAAGCUGUUGACCAAGGCCUCCAAUACGAUGGGGUCGUCAACCUCUACGGGCAACAAGAGUAGUGUUGAUGGUACCUUCCAAAGAUGCAAAUCAGGGACGUCACGACAAUCGCCCAAUCGGAGGGGCAAUCUACGGGGAGAUUUGGGCAGUCUAGUGAGGCGGGCGGAGGGGCCGUACCGAGAGCGGCUGCAGAGUCUAGAUGCCCAGAAUCCAGACGAACUUGUUAUAGCUUUAAAGGAGUUACGCCAAAUAGUACAUGACGCGUGGACUCAGCCCUCUGUGGGCCACGAACUCGCCCUUACUCUUCUUGAGAUCAUGGGCGAGGAAGGUUUUUUACACCGUAUUCUAGAGUUUUUAGAUUCGGACCAUGAAGAGAUCCAAACCGAGGCAGCUCGACUCGUUGAGUUGUCACUAAGUUAUAACAAUCGGACAAGAGUGGCUAAAAAUGGCUUAGAUAAGCUGGUAAGAUUAGCUGAUGUCAGGGCCAGUGAAACUUUAGGUGAUUGCGGAUUAGCUUUACUUGAACGAAUGUUUAAACACUCGGAAGCCACAUGUAGUAGGAUAGUUCAACUCGGUGGUCUGGAAGUUGUCCUGUACGCAUGUCGCUCUGAAAGUGAAGUGAUUAAAAAGCACUGUGCCAAAGCGCUGGCAAACUGUGCUAUGUACGGUGGCAGGAAACUGCAAAAACAAAUGGUCAAACUUAACUCUCAUCAGUGGCUUUUCACGUUAGCAUUUAGCAAGGAUGUUACAACGUGUUACUACGCAAGUCUUGCCACUGCAUUCUUAUUGGCCAACCGGGAGGUCGAGGACGCCAUUUUGACCUCGGGCGCCAACAAACUGGUGGAAAAAUUUGUGAUUAGCAAUGACCCUGAUGAGUUUGCCAUGAAAGAGAGGACUCUGGGAAGGGGAAGGGAGUGGAUUGAAAAAUUAGUGCCAUUACUUUUAAGCCAGAGGCGAGAAGCUCAGUGCAUGGCGGCCUUCCAACUUGCAAUGGAAGCUACCUUAAAGCUGAGGCAAGAUAGAGUGCAUGAUUUCUAUGAAAUAGGCAUUAUCAAUCCAUUAAAAAGAGUAGCUAGCUCAAUAGAGAAUGAAGGAGCAGCUAACUUGGCAAUUCGAGCCCUUCAAACUAUUGGCGAGGAUAUUCCUCCAAAACUCCGUCAAGAUGUGUAUUCCUGGUCAACAAACGAUGUACAAACAUGGCUUCACCUCAUUGGCUUUGAAAACUUUGGAUGCAGCUUUUGUAAGGAGAACAGGGUAGAUGGGGAGUUAUUAUUGACGCUGACAGAAAGGGAGCUUGAAAGGGACCUUGGCAUGACAAAUGGAGUGUCAAGAAAAAGGUUUAUGAGAGAAUUGGCCUUACUGAAGGAGGUAGCUGACUAUUCUUCCUGUGAUCCAGAUAAUCUCGCCGAUGAAUUGCGGAAAGUUGGGCCUGAGUACGCCCAACAUACUUUCAACCUGGUGCAUGCUGGGAUAUCCAAGCCACUUAUUGCUACUCUUACGCCAGACCAGUUAAAUACAAUACUCAAAGAGGACUGUGCUAUAGACAAUGGAGUUCAUCGUAUAAACAUUGUAGAAAAAUUUACAGCGAUAGGGUUUGCUUCUAAGCCAGAGUCCGAGAGAGACGGGGCUGAUAUUGACAGUCCAACUUCCGAGGAACCAGAACGAAAAAUGCUAGAUGUUGUUAUUAGUUACAGGCGCUCAAACGGAUCACAACUGGCAAGUUUAUUAAAAGUCCACCUACAGCUGAGAGGGUUUAAAGUUUACCUUGAUCUUGACCGUCAAGAGAAUGGUCACCUAAAUGACCGUCUCUUGGGUCAAAUCCGAGCUGCCAAAAAUGCUGUGUUAGUUUUGUCCGAAGGAGCCCUCGAUGGAUGCAUUGUUGAUGAAGACAACACUGAUUGGAUUCACAGGGAAAUUGCCACAGCCUUAGCUGCCAGCUGUAACAUUGUCCCAGUGUUGUUUAACUUCAAAUGGCCACCAAUGGAGCAGCUACCAGAGGACAUUAGGAAAGUUUGCUGCUAUAAUGGAAUCAAGUGGAUUCAUGAUUAUCAGGAUGCGUGUGUUGAUAAGCUUGAACGUUUUUUACGACAACCUGCCAAACCUAAGCAACUCCCCACCGAGUGUUCUGUCUCCGAUGCGGGGUCAAACGGUCAGCCAUAUGCCUCUUGUUCCGGUGCACACGCGAUAACCCCCAGCUGAGAAUGACUUACCUCCCUUAGCUUCAUUUUGAGGGAGGGUGAGAGCAGAUGUGAUAAAUGUGUCAGUCUUCAGAGGUUAAACACUUCCUGAUUAGUGGAAGUGGCAAAACGCAGCAUUCUCUGGAAGGGAAAUUUGACAAACUCAUCAUUCUACAGGAUUACCUCCCAUUGUUGAACUCUUCUGCCUCCAGGAGGUGUCUGUGUAUAGAUGGAGACACUCAUUGAUUUGUGUGUUUUCAUUGGAGAGAUGGUGUACAACACAAGAUGCAAUCUUUUUUGGAUUUUCCUACAACAGAUUCAUGUGCUUUAUUACAUUUUCUUGAUCUCUUAUCAAUCAUAUGUGUGAUAAAGCUAAGGUUGAAGCUGUGAAUGUCCAGUAUGUGAUAAAGAAGAGAGGUGUUGAAAAUGCAGCUGUUCCAGAAAGUUAAUAUACUGUAGAAUUAGCUUGGAAGUUUUGUUGACCAGUGUUAUUCUCUUUAAGCUUUGCCAUUGCUCUUCUUGUGUGAACGUUGAGUAUGGCUUGUCACUUACCAGAUGGAGCUGUUAGCACUGGAAUUGGCAGUAAGGUUGAAUGACUUUCUAUAAUACUUGUCUGGUUGCCAAGGAACCCCUUGAGAAAUUCAAUAUCCUCCACCACACAAACCCUUUUACAUUACCUUGAAGAUCAAAAGCAUUUCACUCAUUCCAAUCUGUUUCAAGAUAUUCCA